AUGAAUGGAGAGUCGCAGAGAGGUAGAGGGCCCUUGUUUGAAUGCCGGAUUCUUAGACGGCUCGGUGGGCCGCUGGCGGGCAACCACGCGACCUUUACAACUACACCACGACACGGCAUCGUCACGACACCGCCACGACACCGCCACGACACCGCCACGACAGCGGGGCGAUUUUGCGUGAUGCGCUUUGAUGUAAGUUCACGUAUUAAACUAGAGUCGAGCACCCGUGCGAAGUUUAAUGACAUCGCAUAUUUAAAGUCGAGACAGUCGUCGUCG